AGGAGGAUAAAGCCCUAACAUAAACCCAGGGAAGAGAGAGGAUGUUUGGUUGGGAUAAGGUCCAGACCCGACGCUUCCAUUUAACUCGCUCUAUUGAGCGUGCAAAGGGUGUGGAAGUUUUUCUCUCUGUAAUAAGCUUUCGUUCAACGAUCGGAAUUCCAAGUAAUAAGCUUGAUACCCGAAUUGAAAUUUAACUUCGAUCAGAGAAUUUCCGGACAACUGAAAAACUCUAUCUUGAUUGUUACGAAUAGCAUGGAGGCCAUUUCAUUUGCUUCGCAGUCCAUUACAAUGCGUGGGACCUCAACUUGGGGUGUUAAGCAGAAGAGAAGGAGAGGACGCUAUUUGCAGGCAAGAUGCGACAUCCACAACGAGGAAGAAAAAUUUCAAAGGUUUUCUGAAAUUGCCGUGUCAUUGACGAUAGUUUCAGCUGGAUUCCCCCAGGCAGCGGUAGCUGCAUCUGCAGAGGUAAAAAGGAAAAAAGUGUCAAAGAAAAAAGAGGUGGAGGCGAUGCCGUUGGAGGAGCGCAAGGCAUGGACUGCUGGGUUGCCCGUGGUGGCGGAUAAAAUUCCUUACACUGACAUUCUGGAAAUGAAAGCGCAAGGCAGGCUAAAACACAUUAUAAAGCAUCCACUGUCGCAGCCCAAGGCAAGGCCUGAGAUUAUCCUGGCUGUGUUCGAAGAUGACAGAGUGCUCAAGGUGGCUUUGCCGGCGCCCAACAGAGAUGCCAACUUUUGGAAUGAGUGGGACAGGUUAGAACUUGGCAAGGCCGUCAUUGAGGCCUACACUCCUCCCUUGCCAAAACCUCCGCCUACGCCCCGCCCUCUGCUUGAAUUUCUUGAGAGAGCGGGAAAUUAUCUGAGGAAUCAAAGUAGACAAGCGUUGCAACCAGCAAAGAGAAAAGGGGCAGAGGAUCCUCAGUUGCUGGAGGUACGGAGGAAAAGACUUCAAUUGGAGAGGCAGCGAAUUCAGGCAAAGGCGGAGCAGAAGCUCAGGGAGACGAGAGAAGCUCAGGCUCGCCGGCUGCAGAAACAGAUGGAGGAAAGGCAGCAGAGAGAAGAGGAACAAAAGCAGAGGCAACUUAAGAAACAGCAGCAAGCCGCUGUAAUUGAAAAGCCUUCUGACUUCUGGAGAAACCUUACUGCAAACGAACCUCUUGAGUAUGCCCUAGGGAUACUUUUCUUUAUGCUUUUUUAUGUUGUUUUUAUUCUAAGCCACAAGAAGCGCAGAAAGGACCACGAGGAUAGACAGAAAAUUUAUCAAGCUGAACAGGAGGAGAAAGAGAAAAUGAGGCAGCUGGACGAGGAUAUUGAUUCUUCUCUGAUGGGCGAGCUGAACGAAGAGGCUGAGAACAACGAACAGCUUAAGGCUAGUAUGCAGUUUCUGCGUUCAGGUGCCCGUGUUCGACGUGCCAAAGGUCCACGACGGCCUACAAAAUAUUUGGAUACUGAAAUUGAUGUUAAGUUCUCAGAUGUUGCUGGUUUGGGUGAAAUUAGGAAGGAGCUCGAAGAAAUCGUUGAAUUUUUCAAAUAUUCUGAGAUGUAUCGCAGGCGAGGAACCAAAAUUCCAUCUGGCAUACUCUUGUGUGGGGAACCUGGAACUGGGAAGACAUUACUAGCAAAAGCAGUAGCUGGUGAGGCAGGUGUUAGUUUUCUUUCAAUAUCAGCUUCCCAGUUUGUAGAGAUGUAUGUUGGAGUUGGUGCUUCUCGUGUUCGAGGCCUUUAUGAAGAAGCUAAAGAAAAUGCUCCUUCUGUUGUCUUCAUUGAUGAGCUGGAUGCUGUUGGAAGAACUCGUGGUAUCGUUAAAGGUUCUGGAGGACAAGAGCGUGAUGCCACAGUCAAUCAGCUUCUUACAUGCUUGGAUGGAUUUGAAGGGAAAGGAGAUGUGAUUACUAUUGCUGCCACCAACAGGCCAGAUGUUCUUGAUGCAGCACUAGUGAGACCUGGACGUUUUGAUCGGAAAAUUUAUAUCCCUAAGCCUUCAUUGGAAGGCCGUAUUGAGAUUUUAAAGCUUCAUGCGCAGAAGAAACCUAUGGCAGAUGAUGUGGAUUAUGAAGUUGUUGCGAGAUUAACAGAGGGUAUGGCUGGAGCUGAUCUAGCAAACAUACUUGAUGUGGCAGCUCUCAAUAUAAUACAUGAUGGAAGAAGUGAGAUUACUACUGAUGAUUUAAUUGAAGCAAUAAAUAAGGAGGAUGGUGCAUUAGAAAUAGAAAUGAGGCGCAGUAUGGACUACUUACAAAAGCUAGCUCUGAAUGAGGCAGCAUCUGUUGUUGUUUCUCUUAACUUCAUCGAUUUAAAGGACAUUCGGAUGGUAACCAUUGCAUCAAGAGCUGGACGAAUGCAAGGAGCAGCACGUUUUCACAUGGAUGUGGGAAAGUUUAUGGUACCAUCUAUCAGUCGGCAGACAGUGCUAGACCACAUUACUGUUCAGCUAGCUGCACGUGCAGCUGAUGAAAUUUGGAAUGGACCUGAACAGUUUAGCACAAUCUGGGCAAACACAUUUCAGAAUGCCAGAGUAGCUGCUCGAGAGCUUGUAUUUGCUGGCCUUUCUGAUAAGAAAGAGUUGUAUGCACUAUAUGAUUGUUUGUAUGAAGUGGAUCAAAUCAAUGAGAUUGAUGCGGAAGCACUGAAAAUUGUUAAUAUAUGCUAUGAACGCGCAAAAAAGAUUUUACUUCGGAACCGUAGACUUGUGGAUGUUAUGAUGGAUGAACUAAUUACUAAGGAAACCCUCAAAAAGGAGAACAUUGUCCAAUUAGCAGACAAAUAUGGUCAUUUUGAUCCUGUACCGCCACAGCCUCUUGAUGUCAGAAAUUCUAGACUAGCAGAAUUUCGAGAAAAGAUGAAAAGGGGAAAGCAUAUUUUAAAUCCACGAUAAAGAUAAGAGGAUGACCAAGAUGUUGGAAACUUGUUAACAUCAAGUUCAAUGCCAACUUAAUCUAUAUGGGAGUUUUUGACUCUAAUUUCUUUCUCUCGCGGGAAAUUUAUCAACAUAUAAUCUUGUGAUUAUUUGGGUUCACAAUUCAUUAUUAGACAUGCUUAAUUCAGAAUCUUGAUCUUAUUCUUAAUGCUACAGUCUUGGUCUCAUGCAUUUGCCACCUUUUCAUGGCAUACAGUAUAGGAAUAGAAAAUAAAAAAUAAAAAGAUGUGUUAUAUUUAUAUCUUAGUACGACAUUGGCCAGUGGCUAUAUAAGAUACAUAAACAUUGUGUUACACAUGGGCAUGACUACUGCUCUUAUUUGAAUUGAAUGGGUGGGUUUGUACGUGAUGUUCGGGCUUGUUGCUGGCCGACAAUUUUGAUAUGGCCUCUGCCUUUUUAUGUUCAUCUUUCGACAUUAAUAAAGGGAGUGCUAUCACAUUUCUUGCUACAUUGUAUUCUCCAUGUAUCGAGAGAAGUGUGUACGAUACAUAAUGAUGAUGAGAGUAUGACAUGUUUCUACAGGUGUUCCUUUGGACACUUCUAUUUGUGAUUUUAUCUAUGUUUCCAUCGGAAGAGCUUA